AAUCGUUGUACAUUCUACCAAAACCUCUAAAAAAACCCUAACCCUUCAAUUCCUCUCCACCUCGCCACCGCCGGCGCCGCCGCUACCGUCGCCCCUCCAUGUCUGCCGCAAUUAGGAGAUACUCAUCGUCAUUUGCUCGCCUCCUAAUCCGCCGUCCCCGCAUUCUCCCCUCCGCUCCAUAUCGACCCGCUCUUUCUUCCUCAAAUGUCGCCUCCACCUCCCGAAUCAUCAGAAACUACAGCACCCAUUUCUCGAGUUUAUCACUAAACGCUCGUGUGGCCGCGGCGGAUCGCGCGUUGAAAGAUAUCACCAAUCAAGCGAUCCGCGAGAGAGCGCGGGAGAGGGAAGAGCGGAUAAAAGCGGGACUUAGUACUGAGGAUCUCGACGCGGAAGAGGAAGAGGAUUACAUGGGCGUUGGUCCUCUAAUUGAGAAAUUGGAAAGGGAGAAAGCGAAAGGCGAGCCGCGGGAUUUGCACAGGUACGAGGAGCCGACGGAUUCCGAAUCUGAUGAUGACGAGAGGAAUUCACCCGCGGAGGUGAAUAAACGGAUGGAGCAGUUCGAGAAGAAGUUUGACAAGUUCGAGCAACUGCUUGACAAUUUCGCUAACGCUGAGACACUUGCGGAGGCAUCCAAAUGGAUGAAAAAGAUUGACAAAUUUGAGGAGAAGCAUUUUCGGCUGAGACCAGAGUUUCGGGUGAUGGGUGAGUUGAUUAAUAGGUUAAAGGUAGCUGAGGGGAAGGAGAAAUUUCUUUUACAGAUGAAGUUGAAUAGAGCAUGGAGAAAGGUGGAAUGGAAAGAGGCAUUCGAUCCUAACGGUUCUGCCAAUUAUGGGGUCCUUCAGCAUGAGCAAGUUGGAUCGUCUGUUGAUCAUGUGGAGCAAGCGGAUUUGGAUAAUGAGCAACAAACUGUACGUGAUGGGGAUGACGAUGACUUUGAGUUUGAUGAUCUGAAAGAGAAAGAUAACAUAUUGCUGGAGAAGCUCAAUGAAUUAGAUAAAAAAAUUGAGCAGAAAUUGGCAGAGUUGGAUCAUACUUUUGGAAAGAAAGGGAAGCUACUGGAGGAGGAGAUAAGAGAUCUUGCUGAGGAGAGGAACUCCUUGACGGAGAAGAAGAGAAAGCCUCUAUAUAGGAAGGGUUUUGAUGUGAAGCUUAUUGAUGUCAACAGAACGUGUAAGGUCACAAAGGGUGGACAAGUUGUGAAGUACACUGCUAUACUGGCUUGUGGAAACUAUAAUGGUGUCAUUGGUUUUGCAAAGGCUAAGGGUCCUUCAAUUCCAGUUGCCCUUCAAAAGGCACAUGAGAAGUGCUUUCAGAAUCUCCAUUAUAUAGAGCGGCACGAGGAGCAUACAAUCGGACAUGCAAUUCAUACUACGUAUAAAAAGACUAAGGUUUACCUUUGGCCCGCUCAGACCCAAAGAGGGAUGAAAGCAGGCAAAACUGUACAAACAAUUCUCUAUUUAGCUGGUUUCAAGAAUGUCAAGUCGAAGGUUGUUGGUUCAAGGAAUCCACAUAACACCGUCAAGGCUCUCUUUAAGGCUCUGAAUGCGAUUGAAACUCCUGCUGAUGUUCAACAAAAGUUUGGCCGAACUGUGGUUGAAUCGUAUUUGUUGUGAUAGGCCGACUUUAGUAUGGCAAUAUAAAAAGCUCGACAGCAACAGAGAAGACAAAUGCUGGAAUGGAACCACAUAUAUAUAUAUAUAUAUAAGAUAACAGAAAAUCUGGAAUACUGGAUGACAUGGGGAACUUAGAACCAUCACCUAAUCAUGGAGGAUGGUAAGAAAAUGGCUUUCAAUAAUUUGAUCUAUUUUUAUGCUAAGGGAAAUAUGAAUUCAUUUUGAUGCAAGCUCUCCAUUGUUACAUGGUUGUGUCCAGAAUCGUAGCUCCUGUGUUUUUAUAAAAUAAUGCACGAGCUUUCUCAGUUUUAAGUAUUUCGAUUUUAUGUGAAGGAUA